AUGGAGAAUGACAAGAAUGGCGAUUCACAGCGUCCACUUCAAUCUCUUCAGGGGAUCACGUUGAACGAAGCAAUAGCAUCUAUAAUUGUUAAGCUUCCAAGCGAUAGUUUGGAUUUGAUCCCAGAGGAAAUCAAAGACCUUUUGUCUUAUAGAGAGUAUUCUGCCCUACACAGUUUCUUUGGUCUCAAGUCACCGAGAAAUCGAACUAAAGUCGAUAUGAUUGAAUCAUUUUUAGCAUAUACAUCUGAUGUUUGGUCAGAACUCUUUCAAUUAGCAAGGAAAUUCCUCGAUGAAGCUGAAAAAGGUAAAGAAACACCAAAGACUCCUCAACAAAAGCCUAAAAAACCAAAACCAUUACCAAUUUUGCGACAAAAUCGAUUCCAAACUCAGCGAACUCCUUAUAAUACCCGCUUGAAUGAUAUCAUUUCGGAUUUAUACACAUCUAAAAGAGAAAAUUGGGAAGACAUUUUAGUUAUGUGCAAUCCAGAAGAGCAAGAACAAUUUCGUGAAAUAUUCUUGGCAAUCAACCCUGAGCCACUUCCAUUAAAGAGCCAAACUGUUCAGAGAGAUCAUUUGAUUCUACAUUAUCUUAAUGGUCCAUCAAGACUUGCCUCAACGUCAUUAGAGAAUCUUGAGAAUAGUGUUAUGGCCUUUAAAUCAAUGAUAGAUAAGCUUACAAAACCAGUUGUCCAAUAA